AUGACCUUCUUUUUCCGAGCAAUUCUCUUCGUUACAUCUCUCUUCCCAGCCUUGAUCGAGGGUCAAGCAUUGAAACCAAGAACAAUAUGGUUCGAUGAAUCUUGCCGCAACAAUCCAAAUGUUGAGGUGGAUAAGUUAUGGGGAAUUAUUCAGCAGAUGAAGGCCGAUGCCCAAGACAAUGCUCGUGUCCCGGUUGGCAAACUAUAUGAACACAUUUUCAAGGACUCAAAUAAUGCUGCUUUCAUAUCAGCAACGCUCAAUGCCAUUUCCAACGAUCUCGUUGCCACCAAAGACGAAGCCAAUACUCUGAUCUUCUGUGACGAGGACGCGAGAUUCAAAGUUGCCACAGACGAAGAGGCGAAAUGCAAGAACUCUCAGCGUACGAAAAAGCUCAUAAUCGACAGAGUUAGCGAUAUUGUCUACGAUGGUCACACGCUUUGUUCUAAGACGGUGGGACGCGCAACGAUGGGCGGCACAUACUGCAACAACAAAUUAAACGACGAGAAGAGGUGCUCCAUAACACUAUGUAAAGACGGUAUUUUCUUUAAGUCUACCCAACGACGAGGAGGCUUAUACAGAUUUCAAGAACGCAACACCGAUUUUUCUAUCGAUGAUGGUGCCGCAGAGUCGGGGCCGUUGAUAGACAACUGGAACUUGUUGGACACCGUCAUUCUUCACGAAAUAACCCACACAAUACACAACGAAGAUGCGCAACCGUUUCCGAUGUGGAUUGAUGUCGGCUACGAGUGGAAUGGUAUCAAGGACCUUUAUGCUGCUCCGGCCAAGCAAAAUGCAGAAAGUAUGGCUUACUUUGGACUUGGGAGUUGGAUCCAGAAAUCUGCGAGUCAGGGACCUUAUCGAGUACUCAAGAGCGGCUCAAUCAAGAAAGGGCAGUAA